GCCCAUAAUAACCCAGCUCUGAGACCCCCACCCAUAAUAACCUGGCCCCAAGACCCCCCCCAUAACGACCCGGCCCCGAGAGACCCCCCUCAUAACAAACCAGACUCGAGCACUCCUAAGAGACCCUACAAUAACCCAAUACCUCCGUGGUCCAGCACAGCCUCCCCCCUCCCCUUUUGGCUUUCAUCUCCCCGUUGUGAUGAUCUAGCCUGGCCCCCGUGUCGCACAGGCCGGAGCUCCCCCACGCUAAUUCCCAGAGCAGAUCGUGUAGCAAACAGCCCGUCUGGAUUGAAAAAUGGCCAGUGCCGGAGAAUCCACCGUCUCCUGGGAAACUGCCCCCACGGGUCAUUACUCUCGAGUCAUUGCUUCCCAGGAGAGAGUCUCCCAGCAGGUGAGUCUGGCCCUCAUCCUUUGUUCCUAGAUGUUGACGCCGAUAAAUCGGGGAGGUGUCAGAGAAGAGCCGUGAGGAUGAUUAACGACCCUGCCUGGGAGCGAGAGACGCCAGCAGCUCACUGUUUAGCGGACCAAAGAGACGGUGGAGGGGUGAUGACUCGAUCCCAUCCUGUGGAGAUGGGGGCCUCUCCCCCGUGAUGGAUGUGGGCUCUCACCGGGGGGCUGGCAGCCAGAGGGGCGUCCCUCUCACCAUUGAGUUUUGUGGAGCUCCGACACCUCCCGUCUGAUCCAGGAGCCGGCAGGGCCACUUGGGGAGCUGCCCAGGACAGUGGAGAGCGACCCCUCGAUCCCAGCGUCACCAUGAGCCCUGUCACCUCGAGCCGGCUGCUGGCGGGUGCGAUCCUGGUCCUGGUGCUCGGGGACCCCACAGACGCCUGCACCUGCGCACCCCAGCACCCCCAGACGGCGUUCUGCCAGGCCGAUGUCGUGAUUCGGGGCAAGUUCGUGGGGGUGACUCCGCUGAGCCCCACCAGCAGCAACACCCAGGAGUUCUUGUCCUGGAUUCGCUACGAGAUCAACAUCACCAAGACCUACAAGGGGCUCGAGUCACGGGGGGACGUGCUCUUCAUAGACUCCUGGAACGAGGUGCAGUUCUGUGGGUACCAGCACCCGGCGCCCCUGAACGGGGAGGAGUAUCUCAUCAUGGCCGAGCGGCAGGACAGGCGCCUGAUUAUCUCGUUUUGUUCCUUCGUGAGCCCCUGGGGGCGCCUCCCCCCCAGCCAGCGCCGCGGGGUCAGCCAGGCCUACGGAGGGGGCUGCGCCUGUGACGUGGUGCCAUGUCGCUCCUCUCCGUGCGAGCUGUCGGGCGGCCCCCAGUGCCCCUGGACCGACGGGCUGCAGGACUGGAGCUGGCAGGGGCCUCAGGCCAAGACCCAGGCCUGCCUGCCCCACCCCAUCCAGGGGACGCCCCCCGGGGCCGAGUCCUUCUGUGCCUGGGAGACCCUCGAGGGCAACUUCGACGAGGCCACAGCCAACUCCCCUGAAACACCCCCGACCCCCACCUAGCCCCUGAACUGUC